UAAAGAGUCAAAAUUAAAACUUUGGAGCAGGCAGGCUUUGGCGAGGCUGGAAGAUGGUUGUUCUUUGGCUCUUUGUCCAGAGUCUGCUGCUAGUCAUUGAUCUCGCAAACCUUGUACCACUGCCAGAAGAAACGAAAGAUGGGGAACAAUGGUUGGCACCAUUAUCCGCGGAUUUAGUGGCACUUUCAGAGGAGAGACACAAUGCUGACUUAAUAAAAGCUCAGGAAUAUAUAAACCAGUAUUAUAGUGAAAUUCCCAUACUUAGACGUAUGACAAACCCAAUCGAAGAGAAAAUAAAGACAAUGCAAAAUUUCUUUGGUCUGAACAUCACAGGCAAAAUAGAUGACGCAACCAUGGAAGUUAUACUCAAGCCCAGAUGCGGAGUUCCAGAUGUGCAAAGAUAUAGUUACUUUCCCGAAAAGCCAAAGUGGGAGAAAACAACAAUCACCUACAGGAUUAUAAACUACACGCCUGACAUAGCAGAAUCAGAAGUGAAUAGCGCCAUAUCGCGUGCCCUUCAGUUGUGGAGUGAUGUCACACCCUUAAAUUUUGUGCGGCUUUAUUCUGGUGAUGCAGACAUCAUGAUCUCAUUCGGUUCCAGAGUUCACGGAGACUUUUUCCCCUUCGAUGGUCCCUCUGGUGUUUUGGCUCAUGCCUUUGCACCGAGUGAAGGAAUUGGAGGUGAUGCACAUUUUGAUGAGGAAGAAACAUGGACACUGGGACAGCAAGGAACAAACAUUUUUCUGGUCGCUGCCCAUGAGUUCGGUCACUCACUGGGAUUGGAACACUCCAAAGAUCCAAGUGCGUUAAUGUAUCCAACAGUUAACCCAAAUACAUAUGUGAAUCCAGCCCAAUAUAAACUCUCGGCAGAUGAUAUCGCUGGAAUCCAGGCUUUAUAUGGUGCCAGGAAUCCUAGCGUGCCAAAACCCAACCCGAAGCCAACGCAGCCUCUAAGACAGCCUCAACCCAGGCCAACAAAAGCACCCAGCAAACCUGCCCCCCAGCCUAACCCAACAAAAGCCCCGGUGAAUCCAGACAGGAACCCAACAGUGCCGGGGAAAUGUGACCGGACGCUGGAGUUCGACGCCGUUACAAGCAUGAGAGGGGAUCUGCUAUUUUUUAAAGAUGGAAUUUUUUGGAGGAAACGUCCACAAAAGCCUGACGUUGAAGCUAACUUCAUUGAUGCUGUUUGGCCAAACCUGGGGAGAGUGGAUGCAGCUCUUGAGGUUCCAGAAAGAGACAUUGUUUACCUCUUCAAAGGUAGACAGUACUGGGCUACAAGUGGCUAUAAAAUGCUGUGGGGUUAUCCCCGAGAUAUCUCAAGGUUCGGUUUCCCAAGAUCGGUUACAAAGAUCGACGCCGCGCUAUACAUGGGAAGCGAAAUGAAAAUCAUUUUCUUUACAGGAGAUAAGUACUGGAGCUAUAAUCGAUCAAGAUACAGAAUGGACUCAAAAUCCCCCAAAAGGAUAAAAGAUGGUUUUCAUGGGAUUUCUAAAAAAGUGGAUUCUGCUUUCCAAAAUGACGAUUACCUCUACUUCUCCAACGGACCUCAUCAUAUUGAAUAUAACUACAGAAGACAAAGAGUUCUGGGAAGUAUCCCCAACAAUCGCUUCCUGAACUGCCCCUGAACAGAAACAUUUCAGUCUUUGCUCUUUUCUGUAAUGAUUGUAUCACAAUGUGUAAGAUAUCUUGAUAAUCCCCCAAAAAAGUAUAUUAGAAAAUAAACUGUAUUCUAAGCGUUACGUUA